AUGUCUACAUCAACCACCACCCCAGCAUCCAUUGGUCCCGCCCCAUGGCGUCCCCUCUUCAUUUCCCAUCUCUCGAAGAUGGAUUCGCCCGAAUUUGUUCUCUCAUCAUUACAUCGAAGCAGUGAUAAGAAGUCCCCAACUCCUUAUCUGCCUCGAGCUCGUUUCUGUAUCUUUCGAGGAAUGUGGGCCGAACUCCCUGAAAACAAACAUAAUGAAGCUCCCAUGAACGAUCGAGUUUACGAGAGUGAUCUACCCACUUUCACUACAGAUGUACGCAUGGAGAAGGUACCUGAGAUCUUUGCUAGUUCUCAAGGUCAUGGAGAGGUUGACCAGAGUCAGGGAAGUGGAGGUGGUGGGCCUGUUGAAGCGGUAUUUUGGGUCAAGGAGGUUUUGACACAAUGGAGGUUUAAGGGUGAAGCAUAUAUUGUCGGUGAAGAUAUUGAAGGGAGUGGUCAAGAAUCAAGUGGAACUCGAACCGUGAAGACAAAAGUCGGAGAGAGAAUGAGAGUUGUGAAGGAGGAUGGGAAAGAUGACUGGAGCUGGGAAAAAGAACUUACGGCCCAUUUUGGCAAUUGUAGUCCGGGGAUGAGAGGUAGCUUCAAAAACCCUAUUCCUGGAACUCCUGUUUCGCUUCCUCCAAGUGAUCCGAAUUGGGCUUUGGGUCAAAAAGUAUCGGAUUUGAACGAUGAAGUUGCCCGAAAGAAUUUCAGAGUUGUUAUUAUUAAACCCACUGAAGUCGAACAACUUGAUUUGAGUGUACCUGACAAAGCCAGAAGAUGGAGAUUUACCUACGUUGGUCCCAAUGGAAAUGGGGAAGAGGGAGGAGAGAAUAUUGGCGAAUGGAAGAAGGAAGAGCUUUGGCCAUAG